CAUUAAAACGUGAAAGCAUCAAAAACAAGAUUUUACGGCAAAAUGGAAGUGCUAAAUAAAGUAAAAUCGGGAGAAUAUUCUGCGAUUGAGGCUACUGGCUCCAGUGACGUAUGGAAAAACUUUAAGAAAAUUAUAAAUUCCAGUACGUUGGAAAUAGUGCCGUAUGUUUUGUGUGAACGAUGCCAGAAAAUAUUUAAGUUUGGAAAAGGAAGUAUUCCUUCAAAUUUAAAAAAGCAUACUUGCUACAAACGGUUAAGCGAAAACGAAAAUUUAACUGAGACAAAGAGGAGAAAAUCGUGCGUUUUUGUAAAUGAAGAAAUCCGAAAUGAAGUGACCAGAAGUUGUGUUGAGUUUGUUGCUAGAGAUCUACGAUCAUUUGACGCUGUAAAUGGUUCUGGUUUCAAAGACAUGGCACGAUGUCUAAUAGAAGUAGGUGUCAAGUUAGGAACAAAAAAAUUUUCAAUCGAUAUACUGCCACAUUCUACUACGAUAAGCCGUACACUACUGAAAGUCCACACUUCUGAACGUGAAAUAUUCGUCAAUAACAUUCGACCGUACAUGGAAAAAGGUUGAUUGCAUUCUUUUCUUUCUCUCUAUAAGUAUGUGCAAUAUUACAAAAUAUAUUUUAGGCAGGUGUGCUAGUACAAUGGAUUUGUGGACCGACAGCAAGAAGCAGAGGAGUUUUCUUACUUUAACCGUACAUUAUCUUGAAACUACUGGGAAAUUUCAAAAGUAAGGGAAGAUUUGUAAACUAACAUGUAACCUCCAAAAUAGUUAAUUUAAUGGGGCUUUUUCUUUCAGUCGCUCUUUAUUCACAGUUGCAUUUGAGUCUACUGAUCAGGAUGGGAACGUUAUUAAAAAAUCAGCAGAAAAUAUCAUCAGUUCAAUAGGAGAUAAGUUUGAAGAAUUGGGCUUAGAACGGGAUUUACAUAAAAAAUUACUUUUACAACUGAUCAAGGAUCAAAUAUAAAAAAGGCUUUACACAAUCACUCAAGAAUUAAUUGUGCAGCCCAUAUGCUUAAUAUUAUUUUAAAACAUUCUUUCGACAAAGCAAAACUCCGAGAGGGUGCGCCUCAUGUAUUACAUUUAAUAAACGCAUGUAAAACUCUAGUGGAAAAUUUAAAACGAACAGGUAGAAACUGUACGUUAGAAACGACUGUAAAACAAGAAUGUGCAUCGAGGUGGAACACAGUAUUUGAUAUGCUGUUUUCUGUGCGUCGAAAUUUGAACACCAUUGAAGAAAUUUUGGAGAAAUCAAAGGAAUCGCAUAGUCUUAUCGGGAUUGAAAAGCAUUUAUUAGACAGAGUACUUGUAUUUUUAGAACCGUUUAAAAGCGCAAUAUUACUGUUAGAGGGUGAAAAAGACCCAA